GUUACGAGCGGACCUCUGAAAAGAGCGGAACUUAGGGAUAGAGUCCGCGAAAAAUUCAUUUUCCCCCACUUAAAAAUAUUACAUAUUUAAUUAUUAUAUUUUUUUAAGGAAGAGAUAAUUUUAAUUUUAAGCAAAAUUACUCCUAAUCGAGAAAAAUGCAUUUUUCGCGUUUAAAAGUGAUAAGUUUGGUAGUGUGUUCGCUACUUUUACUUAGUUCUCCCGGAUUAGUUGAUUGUGCAAAAAAAGGAUCAUCGCAGGGUGCCUCGCCAUCGCCAACAUUAGUCGAACCCAUUAUUGAGGAAGUCAAUGCUAAGCAAUUGGAAAAAAUAUUAAACGAUAGGGAUUACGUAGCCGUAUUCUGGUAUGCCAGAAGUUGUGUAACCUGUGAUAAAGUAUUAGCCGAACUCGAAAAAAUUGACGAUGACACCGACUCAUUUGGUGUUGAUUUUGUCAAAAUAAACGACAAACGAUUAGCCAAACAAUAUGGAAUUAGAAAUUUCCCCGCCUUAACUUACUUCAGAGAAAAAGAACCAAUCAUUUAUGAUGGCGAUCUUAUGGAUGAAGAAGGUGUUCUUGAUUUCCUUACAUCCCUCGAGGCAAUGGAUCUUCCCGAUCGUAUCGAGGAAGUUAAUGCUAAAAUUUUAAGUAAAAUCAUCGAAGAGACUGACUAUGUAGCUGUACUAUUUUGUCCAGAUCAUACAACAUGUCCACCAAGGGUGAUGGACAAAACGGAAUGCAAAAAAUGCGCAAAGGCCCUGCAGGAACUGGAAAACAUCGACGAUGAAGCAGAUCAGUUGGGAAUCGGUUUCGUGAAAAUCCACGAUGAAGCUUUGGCUGAUGAAUAUAAUCUGGGACCACUGCCAGUCCUCGUUUAUUAUCGACAUCAAACACCAAUUAUUUAUGAGGGCGAACUUUCCCGGGAAGAGGAUGUCCUAGAGUGGCUGGUACAGAAUAAAUCAACGGGUGAUGAGGACGAUGUUAUCGAAGACGUGACCGCAAAAACACUAAAUACUCUAAUCGGCAAUAUCGAUCAUUUGGUUGUACUGUUUUAUGACCAUGGGGACGAUGAUUCCAUGACUGUCUUGGAGGAGUUGGAGAAAAUCGACGAUGAUUGCGACAAACACGGAAUUCAAUUUGUCAAAAUUGAUGACUCCCGAGCGGCAAGAGAUUUUGGAAUUGAUUCGAUACCAUCCAUUGUCUAUUUUGAAAAGCAAAUCCCCAACAUUUACGAUGGUGAUCUUAUGGAUGAAGAUGAAAUUCUUCAGUGGCUGCUUGGACAAUUGGAAAGUGAUGAAAUUGAGGACGUUACCGAUGAAAUGCUAGACAAACUGAUCAAAGAGGGCAAAACCUUAGCUGUAUUAUUCUACGACAACAACGACCGAAAAUCCCAAAAGGCUCUCGAAGAACUCGAAACUAUUGAUGACGAAUGCGACGCCCUCGGUAUUACUUUUGUGAAAAUCGACAACUUCGACGAAGCUAAGGAAUAUGGCAUUGAAAAGUUACCUAAGCUGAUCUACUUCGAAAAAGGCAUUCCGACAAUCUACAGCGGAAACCUAGAGGAUGAAGAAAAACUCCUUAAGUGGUUGGAACAACAAACGGCAGCCGAUCAAAUUGAAGAUGUCACUGAUGAAAUGUUGGAUCUGAUCGUUGAGAAAAUGCCACAUGUUGCCGUAUUGUUCUAUGACAAGGACCAAAAGAAGUCUCAAAAAAUCCUGGCAGAACUAGAAAACAUCGAUGAUGAAUGUGAUCAGAAUGACAUAGCUUUUGUCAAGAUCGAUGAUGAUAAUGAAGCUAAGGAAUGGGGUAUCGAUGAGAUUCCCACCAUCGUGUUCUUUGAACGGGGCAUACCACACGUUUACGAAGGUGACUUGAUGAAGGAAGAAGAACUAUUGGGUUGGCUGAUCCAUCAAAAACGGUAUUCUGAAAUCCCUGAGGUGACAGAUGAAAUGAAGGACAAACUCGUUGAAUCUACUCAGCACUUGGCUGUUAUUUUCUAUGACAAAGACGACAAACAAGAUAUCCGUGUCCUCAACGAGUUAGAGAACAUCGACGACGAAUUAGAAAAGGAAGGAAUUGUAAUUGUCCGCAUUGACAACGCUGCGGAAGCCAAAGAAUAUGGUCUAGAUCACUUACCAGCUUUGAUUUAUUUCGAAGAGAAAAUUCCCGCUCUAUAUGAAGGCGAUCUAAUGAAUGAAGAAGAGGUCCUGGAAUGGUUGAUCCUCCAAAAGAAAACCGCUACUAUCGAGGAAGUAACUGACGAGAUCCUGGUUAAUUUAAUAGAAGAUCAUGAAUAUGUGGUAGUUUACUUUACCGGACCGUGUGAACCCGGCGAGAAAUGUGACAAGAUUCUCGAAGAUCUUGAGAAUAUCGACGAUGAACUAGAUGAAGCUGGCAUUAUUUUCGUAACUACCGAAGACACAUCAAUCGCCAAGAAAUACAGCAUAAAAAAUUUGCCACAAUUAGCAUUCUUCCGUAAUAAAGAUCCUCUAUUGUAUACCGGCGAUCUUGAUGAUGAAGACGAGGUUUUGGCAUGGCUUACUGAUGAGAACACACUCGAAAUCCCUGGUAGAAUUGAAGAGGUCAAUGUGAAAAUGCUGGAGAAGAUUUUAUCGGAGAAUGACCAUGUUGUCGUGUUCUUCUAUCGUGAAGGGGACAAAAAAUCUCAAAAGAUCCUGAACGAGCUCGAAAACAUCGACGAUGAGUGCGAGGAAAAGAGCAUCGAUUUCGUGAAGACGUCAGAUGAAGGCAUUGACAAGGAAUAUGAUCUUCCUACACUGCCAGCCCUUGCAUUCUAUCGUAAUAAAUUCCGCACUAUCUACCAAGGCGAUCUCAUGAAGGAGGAUGAAAUCCUGGAGUGGGUUCUUGAACUAUACGAAUCAAAUGCUGAUGUCAUCGAAUCGGUCGAUCGCAGAACCCUACAAGUUUUGAUUAACGAGAUCGAACACUUGGCCGUCUUCUUUUAUGAUGAUAAAUGUGCAUCAUGCUCCGAAAUUCUGGAAGAACUCGAGACAAUCGACGACGACACCGACAAACAUGGAAUUCAAUUCGUCAAAUCGAAUGAUGUUAAACUGGCUCAUGAGAUUGGAAUUUUCGCCUUCCCGGCCUUAGUCUAUUACGAAACUGGAGUUCCAAUCAUGUAUGACGGUGAUAUAUCUGAUACCGAGGAUGUCCUUAAGUGGAUGAUUGAACAGAAAAGUGACGAGAGUAUAGAAGAAAUUGAUCGAGAAACGUUACAGGAAUACAUCAACACAAAGGAUUUCAUGGCAGUUGUGUUUUAUAAGGAAGACGAUCCUCUCACUCCAAAAGUUCUUCGACAUAUUGAGUUAAUCGAUGACGAAGCCAAUGAAUACGGAAUUAAAGUUGUCAAAAUGAAGGAUCGGCUAAUGGCAAAGAAGUAUGGUUACAGGAAUCCACCUGGAAUAACAUAUUUCCGGAAAGGCAAACCAAUUAAUUACGAUGGGGAUAUAGAUGACGAGGAAGAGAUUCUUGAUUGGCUUACAAGUCCUGAAAACAUGGAAAUGACUGAAAGUAUUGAGAAAGUCAACAGGAAAAUGUUUGAAAAGAUACGGAAAACGUCAGACUAUCUGGCAGUAUUUUUCUAUAGUGACGAGUGCAAACAAUGUCCUCGAGUCCUUGCAGAAAUCGAACACAUCGACGACGAGGUCGAUCGAGCAGGAAUUGAUUUUGUUAAAAUUGACGACAAAAGACUGUCUAAGGACUACGGUGUAUUUGCUUUACCUGCCAUUUUAUUCUUCAAAGUCAGUUCAAAGGAGCCAGUCAUUUACGCGGGUGACCUGUAUGCUGAGGAUCAAAUUCUUAACUGGAUUUUGACUCAGAAGGAUCCUGGUGGUGAUGUAAUCGAAGAUUUGGAGGGGGAACGACUGAAGCAACUAAUUGAAGAGUCAGGAUCUAUUGCGGUUUAUUUCUGGAACAAAACACAAUGCGAUAUUUGCAAUUCGAAGGCAAUGCGUCGGGCACGCAUGAAGAAGGAACGGGAACAACAACUACAACAGCAGCAACAACACCAUGAUAUAGGUGGGGAUGCUGGUGGCGAACAGGGCGAUCAGCAAGGCGACCAACAACCACAUCCCACAACAUCAUCAACAUCUACGACUACAAGUCAUCAUGAUGAGGAUGCCGACGGGUGCGAACAAUGUACCAAAGUUCUGGAGGAGUUGGAAAAUAUUGAUGAUGAUUGUGAUAAGCACGGAAUUACCUUUGUGAAAACAAAAGAUUUUUCAGUUGCCGAAGAAUAUGGUGUCAACAAUUAUCCAGCACUAGUUUAUUUCGAACAAGGCGUUCCAAAUGUUUUUGAAGGCGAAUUACAUGAAGAAGAAGAGGUGCUCCAAUGGCUGAUUACACAAAAAACAGAAGAUCGAAUCGAACUCAUCACCAGACAAAUGCUUGAGACAAUGGUUGAAGAAACACAAUACCUUGCCGUCUAUUUUUAUAAAAUCAACUGUAACAUUUGCGACCAAAUUUUGGAAGGUUUGGAACUCAUUGACGAUGAAUGCGAUAUAUAUGGUAUACACAUGGUUAAAAUUCAGGAUCCUCAAUUAGCAAAACGAUAUUCAAUCAAAACAUUCCCGGCUUUGGUAUACUUCAGGAACGGAAAUCCACUACUAUUUGAAGGCGAUCUACAAAAUGAGCAAUCCGUUCUAGAGUGGCUAAUUGACGACGAUAACCGUGAACUCGCUGAUGAAAUUGAAGAAGUUAACGAGCGAAUGUUGGAGCGAUUGAUGGACGAGUCACCGCUUUUGGUAGUAUUUUUCUAUGAUACUGACUGUCCUGAAUGCGAGGAAAUUUUACAAGAACUAGAAGAGAUUGAUGGUGAAGCUGACAUGUUUGGAAUCGAUUUCGUGAAGAUUACUAGCCAGAGUGCUGCCCAAAAAUAUGAAAUUGUCAAUAUCCCAUCACUGGUUUACUUUAGGAAACGUAUUCCAAUGCUCUACGAUGGCGACUUACACCAGCACGACAAAAUUCUCACAUGGCUGACAUCACAAGAUGUUUUCGAAAUUAAAAAUGAAAUUGAAGAAGUUAAUCGAAAAAUGUUAGAUAAAUUAUUGGAGGAAAAUGAAUUUUUAGCAGUUUAUUUUUAUGAACACAAUCACCAAGAGAGUACUUCAGCACUUGAAAAACUAGAAAAUAUUGACAGUGAAACAGACAACUUGGAUAUAACUUUCGUGAAGAUGGCUGACACGAGAUACGCUAAAAAAUGGGGUGUGACCAAACUGCCUGCACUCGUGUAUUUCAGGAAACGUUUCCCCAGCAUUUACAGAGGCGACUUACUAUGCGAGGACGAGGUACUAGAAUGGCUACGAAAGAACCGAUUCCGUCAGCCAGAACUAAAUAUAUUCAUGUACGCUUUGCUGGCGCUUGGCACCGCAUUCAUCUUCUAUACAGCGUUCCUGAUGAAAUGUUUCAAAGCGACACCACCACCGCCCGUUGUUCAUCCUAAACAAGCGUGAUUUACUAUACUUUUUUUGUAAAACUAAAUUAGCUAUAAAUAUUAUCUAAAGCAAGAGAAGGAAUCCAUUCAAAGAUACACACAAUAUCAACAAGAGUCAUGUUAGCUACAGAUUUCAAGUAAAAAGUCAUUUCACAUCUUUAGUUUUGCUGCGACGUAUUUAAUUUUAGUUUUUAGUUUUUAUAAUAUUUCGCCACGCGUAUGAUGCUUUCUUUUAUGUUUGUUUACUAAAACGUUUCAGUUGUUGGUUUAUUUGAAUCCCUACCGCUUAGUCGUAUUAGUACUUAUCUCCGCAAGGAAAACUUGUUAUAAUUUACCCUCCAGUUACAUAGAAGGACUUUGGAACAUAACCGUUUUCAGCUUUUCAAGUUCCAGCAUUUCAUAAGAUACAAUUGAAAAGAUAUAGUAACCACGACACAUUGAACAUUAAGACAUUGCUCAUUACCGAGCUCCAACUAUCCCUAAGACAUUCGUAAACUCAUACAAUUAAAUGUAAUUUUAUCAAAAGUAAAUUUUUCCGUUCACUCUUCGUUUUGUAUUCAACAUUUAAGUUGUGAAUCUUAUUUUGGACCGGCAUCGUUCAUGACUAGUUUCCUUUCAAACUGAAUUUUCGAUUUUGUAUUAAAUUAAAUCUUUACUUUCAACUGUAUAUAUUAAAUAUAAUCGAAUAUUGCUACUUACUUUUGACUUAAUUUAAAAGUUUUUCUCAAAGGAAGUUACUAUAAUAAACUAAAGGCCUGCUCGACUCAGUACUGCAGGCCUACAACUUACACUAUCUUGAUAUCUAACGGCUAUCACAUUUUAUUUCUAAUAAAAGAUAAAUAUCUAAAUAAA